GAGUAUUAUAUUAGUACAGAAGAAAAUACUAUAACUUUAACCAUUAAUUGAACGAAUAAUAUAGAUAAGCUUAUUAGCAGUUAUAAAAUUUUAAUAUUUAUAAAUAUAUUCUGUAUUUGUUACAAAAUGAAUCAGAACAAGAUCGAGGAUAUGGAUGGUGAUGGCGAUGAAUUUCACUAUCGACGAUCACUCCAGCGCAAUACGUAUGUAAUAAAUAGAGGUGUCAUUCAUAUAAUUCAAAAAAAUUUCAAAACAUAUUUGAAUACAUUCUUAGCAUACAUUAGAUCGCAGAGACCAAUUCUUCCCGAUUAUUUCAAGUCCGUUACGUUCGGACGGUUCUUUAAGAAGCUAUUUAUGCUAAUUACAUUAGUUAUUGAUCCAAUCGAUCUAGAUAAAUCAUUUGAACAGCUAAAUAAAAUAAAUGAUAUAACUCUAUGCAAUUCAAUGUUAUAUGAGCAAUGCCGACAAUUUUUCGGGUUGUCAUCAAUACUAGAACCGCUGACACUUGAACCAAGUGAUUGGUCACUUGAUGAGUGGGGUAAAAAUUAUUGGAACUUUCUGCAUUCUCUAUCAAUUUUAGUACAGUAUGAGUACCAACAGGAUCAAAAUCACUCUGCAAUGGAUUAUUUUGCUUUAGUAAUGGUUAAUUUUCAUAUUAUUUUGCCUUGUAGUAUGUGCAGCCACCACUACAAGCAAAAAAACCCGUUACUUAAUAUCGCAUUGCCAAUUUUAUACGGAAAAGACGCUAUUUCAGUUGUUUAUGACUUACAUAAUGAUGUACGUAUUCAGAAUGGAUCUAUCAUUUAUCCAUUUGAAAAUUUUCUUGAACAUUGGGGUAUAGGCGUAUCAAAUUCAGAAAUAAUAGAAAUAGAUGUUACAGAACCACUAAAUUUGCUUUCGACAGAACAUUAAAAAAAAAACAUUGAUUACAAUGAAUUCAUGAUACCCAUACGAAAAAAAUAUAUAUCCGGAUAUAUCCGGGCCAAUCUGCAUAUAUGAGACAUACAUUUUUAUAUAUUUCGU